AUGGAUGUGGCGGCCGAGACAUCGUACAAGCCACCGGCGGGUUUCGUGGAGGAUAAAAGGGACCCACUCGUCGACCUCGAAUUGACAGACUCGACUGAGCUAUGGCUUAUUCAGUGGCCAAUCAAUCAACCUCCUGAUUUCGAUGGGCAAACGGUGUCGUUGAAGCUUGGCGGGGAUGGGCACAUGGGCACCUUGGAGGGAUCUUCUGGAAAAUCAUAUGAAAUGGUUGGUUGUAAGACCAAUGGUCCAGAGGCUAAUGUCUUCUUAACUUCAACAGCGGAGGCCAAAAUCGCUGGGAAAAUCUCUAGGCGCAUUUCCCUUAUCCAUUAUCCGGAGCCUGGCGAAUUAUUAAAGCGUAAUAGCCUUAGUAUGGGCCUUUCCCAGCGGUCUUCUGGGGCCACCUCGACCUUGUCCGGCUGGCGACUCCCGACUCCCUCUCACACCUUUAAGCCCACAAAAUCUAAAAUCAGCGGCUAUUCUACUCCGAGCAGCAGAAGCAAGAGUUCGGGCUCUGGAUUAGGAGAAUCUUCAAAGCCUGCAAAGAGAAAACGGGCUGAUGAGCAGAGCAAGCCCUCCAGCAACUCGGCCCAAGAUUCGGGGAAAGGAAAUAGUGGAGUUAUUUCUACUGGCUCUGUGGAGCAGCAUUCUCAGGAAAGGAAGUCCAAGAAGAAGAAGAAAAACGAAGAUUGA